CGCAGUGUGCAAACCAUCGUCGACGGGACAGCAAUCGAAGGAACGCGGCUGAAGAAAGAGAGAGAGAGAAAGAGAGACAAAUAACGAGAUUUUUUCAAGCAAAUUUCCACGGAAAUCGCCGUCCAAACCAUGAGGGAGAUAUUACACCUGCAAGCUGGUCAGUGCGGAAAUCAGAUCGGAGCCAAGUUUUGGGAGAUUAUUUCGGACGAGCAUGGUAUCGAUCCAUGUGGAGCGUAUCACGGCGACAACAAUUUACAACUGGAAAGGAUCAAUGUCUACUAUAAUGAGGCGGGAACAAAUGGAAAAUACGUGCCCAGAGCGAUCCUGGUCGAUUUGGAACCCGGCACCAUGGACUCCGUACGCUCCGGACCCUUCGGACAAUUGUUCAGGCCCGACAACUACGUUUUUGGCCAGAGCGGAGCAGGCAACAAUUGGGCUAAAGGACAUUACACGGAAGGAGCCGAACUGGUGGAUGCCGUCAUGGACGUCGUGCGCCGCGAAGCCGAGAACUGCGACUGCUUGCAGGGGUUUCAGUUGGCCCAUUCGCUGGGCGGCGGCACAGGGUCCGGUAUGGGUACGCUGCUGAUAUCGAAAAUCCGCGAGGAGUAUCCCGACCGCAUAAUGAACACGUUCAGCGUGGUACCAUCGCCGAAAGUGUCGGACACCGUGGUGGAGCCCUACAACGCUACGUUGUCCGUCCACCAGUUGGUGGAGAACACAGACGAGACUUUCUGCAUCGACAACGAGGCCCUGUACGACAUCUGCUUCAGGACUCUGAAAUUGACCUCGCCCACGUACGGCGACUUGAACCAUUUGGUCUCGGUGACUAUGUCUGGGGUGACAACGUGUCUUCGGUUCCCCGGUCAGUUGAACGCUGAUUUAAGAAAAUUGGCCGUCAACAUGGUGCCUUUCCCCCGGUUACAUUUCUUCAUGCCGGGUUUCGCUCCGUUGACAGCCAGGGGUAGCCAGUCUUACAGGGCCCUAUCUGUUCCGGAACUUACCCAGCAAAUGUUCGAUGCCAAGAACAUGAUGACCGCCUGCGAUCCCAGGCACGGACGUUACCUGACCGUGGCCGCCAUAUUCAGGGGUAUCAUGUCCAUGAAAGAAGUGGACGAGCAGAUGCUAAACAUCCAGAACAAGAACUCGGGGUACUUCGUCGAGUGGAUUCCCAGCAACGUGAAGGUUGCCGUAUGCGACAUACCACCCAGAGGCCUCAAGAUGUCGGCUACAUUCAUCGGGAACACCACCGCUAUCCAGGAGAUAUUCAAACGCAUUUCCGAGCAGUUCACGGCCAUGUUCCGGCGCAAGGCUUUCUUGCACUGGUACACGGGCGAGGGCAUGGACGAGAUGGAGUUCACUGAAGCGGAGUCCAACAUGAACGAUCUGGUGUCCGAGUACCAGCAGUACCAGGAAGCGACGGCUGAGGAGGUCGAGUUCGACGAUGAAGAAGUGGGCCCCGAGGAAAUUAACGAGAACAAGGAGUACUGAGCCCUGUACCGCUUAUCGGACCCGACUGCGAAUGCGAUUCCUCGUUGCGUUGGAUAAAUUUGUUUAUGUUGUUCGUAUUUUCUUUCAAUUCUUAUGUUGCAUUUAUUAAAUGUUUAUUAUGUGUGUGUAUGCGCGUGAGCGAGCAUGGUAUUGUUAGUAAAUUUAAAACGUCCAUUAAACCAAAGAUGUUUUCGAAUACCAUUAUA